AUGCCACCUACCCACAAUGCGCAACAUAAGAAUCACCAGGACCAAAUACCCCCUACACCAUGUUGGGGUGGUGCUUUUUACCCUGGCAGCAGAAUCGUAGCAACCGCACCUGGACGAGUAUUGGCUUUAAGGUUAACAUUCCGUGUAGAUGAGGUAGCUGUCCAACAGGAUGCCAAUCUAUGGCUGCCUAUAGAAUGCAAUAUCUCUAGCGUAGACAUCCCGACCAAAGAUAACAACCCACACCAACUCCAAUGA